UUUUGUUAAUUUACGCCUGAGAUGAUGGUCAAAGAUAAAUUAGAGUAUGAUAAAUUUAAAAAUUUUAUCAGACGUUUACUCUCUUUAGUAGGAGCUUGGUCGACAGAAGAGUCAAAUUUAUUUGCACGGUCACUUUUAUAUUUGCACUUGGCUGGGUAUGUCAUCCCAGUAAUCGGAGUUUUUAAUUUUGUUGGCGUAAAUAUACUCAAUAUCAAAGUUGUUGCCAAGGGAUUGAGCAUACUCAUGGGCUUUUCGACAAAUAUUCUCAAAGCUGCCUGUAUACUAAUAAACCAAAAAGACGUGAUCGAAUUACAUAAAUUCCUCGACUCGUACUUUGAUACAAUGGUAAAGAAACCAGAACUAUCAAAAAUAGUUUUAAAAGGAAUAGGAACUUUCCGACGUCUAACGAUAAUUGGAACGGUGCUGACCACAAUCGUCUGUUUUUGCUACGCAGCCUACCCGGUUCUUUCUGUUAUUAAUCAAUGGCACCAGCAUACAAAGCCCAUUCAGUACAAUCACGUUUUCCCGCUAAUAUACCCCUGGAAUUAUAUGACUAAUAGUUUUAUAUACUACCUACACAUUUUCAACGAAAAUUUAAUGAGUUUUAGUCUCAUUGUGAUUACCUCCGGAAUUGACGGAUUGUUUCUUUAUUAUAUUUUUCAUCUGAUCGGAAUGGUGCGUGAAAUAUCAUUUCUGAUAUCUUCGCUCGAUAAAAAUGAUAACAGUGAAGCUGUUAUUAAGCAAUGUAUUUUUAAAUACGAAUUAUUGCUGAAAUGCCGGGAGAAAAUUCAGAAUAUUUUCGGUUUGAUUGUACUGUGGAAUAUGAAAACUAAUUCUCUUACAUUGUGUAUAAGCAUUUUUCAACUGUCCAAUGCUAAGUCGAUACCGUUGAUAUUAGUCAUAUUAUGUGUAGCUCUAACGAGUCUAAAAUUAAUCCAAGCAUUUGUUUUGGGAUGGACAGGCUCAUGUCUUACUACUGAGAGUGAAAAACUCCGAGAAGCAAUUUAUGCAGCUGAUUGGUUAGGCAAUAAACAAAUGAUGAAUUCGAUACUAAUAAUGCUCACUCAAAAGCCUUUAGUUAUAAUAGCUUGCAAGUACGCUACUGUUUCAAUAGAAAUGUUUUCGGCUGUCAUAAAUACAACAAUAUCGUACUAUUUAUUACUAAAAACUUUUGACAUCGACUAAUAACUAAAUUUAUAUUGCCGAAAGCUCGGUGACAACUUUAAUUUGUUAUUUAAUUAAAUUAACCUGGAAAAGUUAUCCCAUCACUCGAAAAAUCGAUUGAUUGCGAGAUUGUAUCUACUAAAAAAAAAAUAAAAAAUAAACACAAUGAUUUCGAUUGAAAAAAGACUGACUCCGAAGAAAUUGCCCCGUGUAAAAAUGAUAUGAUAUCAUUAUGAAGCUCAUAAUGAAUAUCAUAAUGAAUCUCAUAUUUUGGCACUAAUAUGAGAUUCAUAUAAGAGCCAUAUCAAUACUUUGGAAACCCGUAAUAAGUAAAAUACCUGUGAAAACGAAUCUUUAUUAAGUAGAUUAGUAAAAUUUUCAUUUUUUCUGUUUAUCAAAGGAAAUGUAUAACAAUUGAGAAAAACAGUAUUUUUAUCAUGCACUAUACUAUUGAACUACUUAAAUUUCCUCCUUGACUUUCUUAACUUGGAAGAAUAUUUAGAAAAAC